AUGCCGCUGUGCCUGAAGGCUCCUGGCAGCAUGAGGGACUAUUGCCCCUUGUCGGGGCCGCGGUACGGCCGCUACGCGCCGCGCCUCAGGGCCUCGCGCACCGUGCGCUUCCCCAAUGACGUCGUCUUUCAGGACCACAUCAAGCAGGGGGACCUGGAGCAGGUGGGAAGGUUCAUACGAGCCAGAAAGGUGACACUGGACACCAUAUACCCUUCUGGCAUGGCAGCCCUCCAUGAAGCCGUGCUGACGGGAAACCUGGACUGCGUCAAGCUCCUGGUGAAAUACGGCGCUGACAUCCACCAGAGAGAUGAGAACGGGUGGACGCCCCUGCAUAUGGCCUGCAGCGACGGCUACGCUGACAUAGCCAGGUACCUCCUGUCCCUUGGGGCCAGCCUGGAGGCCACCACUGAUGACGGGGAGAAACCCUCGGACCUCAUCGACCCGGAAUACGAGGACCUGGUGCAGCUCUUCGGAGCCACCGCGCUGCGCUGAGCCGGGCACGGCGAAAAGCGGCCC